UCAUUCCCCUUGUCAUCCACCGAACUACACCCAUACUGCCAAACAUUUCAUAUAUGAGGCACGCGGUUGCAUCUCAGAUACAUCACCAGGCUCCAAUUUCCAGCUAAAUCCAACGUCUUGUACUUAGAAGACAAUUGGCAGGUCUGAACCUGAGAGAUCGGACUGUGGGAUAGGACGGGACAGAGGAAGUGCACGAGCAGAGGGGUAGAGAUGGAGCAGGGUGACAAGUUGCUGCUCUGGGGGCUGCUCAUCCUGGGGGCAUGGUGCGGAGCCGUCUCGAUGGUGGAAGCGCAAGGCUACUGGGAAACGGUGGUUAACAACGCCGGAAUUGCAACCAUGCACGCAGCUGUGACGCAUUACGGCAACGUGGUUUUACUGGAUCGGACCAAUGUUGGCCCCUCCCAGCUGAACUUAGCUCCUGGUGUGUGCCGUGACAACCCCCAGGAUCGGGCUUCGACCCAUGAUUGUACCGCUCACUCUGCUCUCUUCACACCGGGCUCCAACGAUAUUCGGCCAUUGUUCGUGUACACUGAUACGUGGUGCUCGUCUGGCCAAUUCGAUGGCAGCGGAAAGCUAGUGCAAACAGGAGGGGAUGCUGAUGGAUUGAUGAAGAUUCGUAACUUCUCGCCCUGCGGGGGCGGUGGUUGCGACUGGGUGGAGCUCGAUGGAGGAUUGCAGCAAGGGCGAUGGUACGCGUCCAACCAGAUUCUUCCUGACGGGACUCAAAUCGUCGUGGGAGGUCGAGGUGUCGGCACUGUGGAGUAUGUCCCUGCCAAUGGCCGAGGUACCUACGACGUUCCACUCCUCUACAAGAGUAACGAUGCUCAGAUGGACAACCUCUACCCAUUCGUGCACUUAUUGCCGAACAACCAGCUCUACAUCUUUGCAAACCGCGACUCCAUCCUCUACGACUGGCAAACCAACAAGGUGGUGCGCGAUUAUCCCACCAUUCCCGGAGAGCCCCGCAACUAUCCGUCAGCUGGAAGCUCAGUGUUGCUUCCCUUGUCCGCGAACGCUGACUACGGCAAUGUCGAAGUCCUCGUCUGUGGAGGAGCCGCAUACGGUGCCUACAUGAAUCCCGCGGGACAAACCGCAUCCCAGACAUGCGGCCGCAUAGCACCGCUCGCAGCCGGCGCCGGAUGGGCCAUGGAGAAUAUGCCCAUGCCGAGGCUCAUGGGCGACAUGAUCCUGCUUCCCACUCGGGAUGUUCUGAUCAUUAACGGCGCGGGUGGCGGCGCUCAAGGAUGGGGGAACGCCGUGGACCCCGUAAAGACCCCCGUCUUGUACAAGCCUUACAAUGCCGCGGGCGCUCGCAUGCAGACGUUGACUGGGUCCCCGAUUCCACGUGUGUACCACUCCACUGCCAAUUUGCUUCCAGAUGGGCGCAUCUUGGUUGCGGGCAGCAACACGCAUCAGUUCUACACGUUGACAGGAUAUCUUCCCACCGAGCUCAGAAUCGAAACGUUCUCCCCACCGUACAUGGGGGCUAAUCGUCCCACUUACGCCGCCGUCCCUGGAGGUUUGAAGUACGGGGGUGGAUUCACCGCCACAGUGAAAUCUGCCGGCGCUAAGAACAUCGAAUUAAACAUGGUGAGUGCACCGUUUGUGACACAUUCUUACGCUCAAGGACAACGGCUGCUGCAAUUGGAAGUCAGCGCCCCUGCUGCAGCCGGGGCGGGCGCCUACGACGUGGCCUCGAAAGCGCCUCCCAACGCAGCAGUUGCACCUGGCGGGUAUUACAUGCUGUUCCCUGUGGCUGAUGGCAACGUCGGGUAUGCGUCUUGGGUGAAGAUGGGUUGAUUGGAUUCGCACGGGCCGACUUUCAGAUGACAUAAACUCUGUUUCUAAGGGGGUCGAUCUUUCGAAUAGAUGGAAUAAUUGCUUGCAAGCAGAGGUAAAAGUCGAAGAGGAUGAUUUAUCCAGUCAUUAAAUUACCGAAGAAUUUAUUGUAGAAGUAAUUGAAAUGAAUGUUCCUGCGUCAAGGCUGUUGAUAUGAAAUUCGGUUUUGAAGCAAUAAAAAUGCGUGCUCAUCGCUUUUUGCGUC